CAUUUUGAACGACACGAUCGAACGAGAGGGCGCCCGUUUACCACACUUAUGACGAAUCGCUGUGAUUGCCGCCAUAUUGCCGUUUUGUUCAAACUAUCUUAGUUGAUUUUUGUAUGAAAGUGCUGUGUAUUCGAACUAUUCCUGUGACUACAGUGAUUAUUAAAUUGUAAUUAACAUCUUGGACUGGAUCGUUUAUUUUACCACGCCCAUCUACCCGAUCUAAAUAAAAUGAGUUCUUGUGACGGCCCUUCUGCCAUUUCAUCAGAAGUGGGAUUCGAUGGUGCCCAAGUUGAGGGUCAACGGACAAAAUCGGAUGCCGAAAAGUUACUAAGCAGUAUGGAGGCGUUGUUAUCUCGGGUUCUCGCAAGUCAGCAAACACCAACUGCCAACACUACUCAUUCUACGCAAUUGCUACCUUUUAACCCAGACGACGAAGAAUCUGACGUUGAGGCUUGGUGCAAUAUAACCGAAGCUAUCGUUCUUAAGAAAAAUUUAAACGGAAUAGACUUGCUCAUGGCCCUUACCAGCGCCUUGAAAGGACGAGCUGCAGCCUGCAUUACUAAAGUGAAUAUAAAUGAAAUGACCUGGACUGUGGUCAAGCAAUGUCUAAUGGCGAAAUUUUCAAAACCAAAGUUGCCGCAGGAUUACUUCGACGACAUAUUACGAUUUCAAAUCGCUGCCAAAGAAACAGUUUCCGAAUCUGCACUACGUCUGUGGAGCUUGAUUGAACGGAUUCCGAAGUGCACGAUGCCUGAAGAAGUAGUUACUGGAUUUGUGAUAUCAGUACUGUGUAAAAAGGAUGGACUAAUACGUCGCGAAUUAAAUGCUCACAAUAUUAUGACUCGCACUCAACUAUUUCGAGUACUCGGAGGUGUGUCCUUGAAACGCCAAUCGGAUGGUGGUGGAGAUACCAGUGAGCCUGAGAUCAAGCGUUUCCGGUCAGUUGAAAGAUUCUCAGGCAGAUGCAGCUUCUGUGGAAUAAGAGGACAUCGCUUUGCAGACUGUCGAAAACGUCGUGACAACUUCGGAUCUGCAUCUCAAGAGGUACCGAGCUCGUCACGAACAUUGAAGAACACAACUUCCGUGUCUUGCUACACUUGUGGAAAAAAAGGACACGUGACAACUAACUGUCCUGACAAGAAGAAUGGAAGCAAGGCUGCGGUCAUGGAGGUCCAACAUUGUGAGCACCGUCCGUCCAGGGGGACUUUGAAAACAUCUUCCGGUUAAACGCCCGUGGACGGUCGAAUGUCAGUCUGGCCGUGACGGCGUUUCCGGCCUAUAUCAGGUUGACAAGCUGUCAACCUAGCGAAGCGUCAUAGUGAAUGGUGAGGCGAGCAGCCAUUUUGAACGACACGAUCGAACGAGAGGGCGCCCGUUUACCACACUUAUGACGAAUCGCUGUGAUUGCCGCCAUAUUGCCGUUUUGUUCAAACUAUCUUAGUUGAUUUUUGUAUGAAAGUGCUGUGUAUUCGAACUAUUCCUGUGACUACAGUGAUUAUUAAAUUGUAAUUAACAUCUUGGA